AUGGCAGGCGUUGCAAUUGCAAUUACAUUGAUUGGCGGCGCAGCGGGAAGUGGUGCCGGGGGAGCAAUUAUCGAUAAAAUUGCAGAAAAUGUUGACAAGUAUGGUGAACUGGCCUCUGGAAUUGCAGUGAUGGUUGUGCGCCUAAUAGUAUGUCUAUUAUUCUUCUUAGGGAAGGCGCCAUGUGGUAAGCUGCAGUGGUAUCAUUAUGUAGAGUUAGCAACACUUGGGGGAACAUUAGUAACAGUUGGUGGUGUAGAUAGGGCCAUGCUGAAGAAAUCAAUCGAAAAGAAGCAUCAGGCGACAGCAUCUGCCAUAAUUCGGACCAUAUCCGGCAUAUCAAGUAGCAUAAUUCUUUUUCAAGUUUCCGCCCAUUUGACCGAGAAGGUGUUUGGUUACGUUCCCUCUAGGGAGUCCUUUGAAACCAUGGAGGCAGCUGUUAAAGAAAGAAAUGCCGAAGCCCUGCGGAAAUCAAUGAUGUAUAUUAUUUUGGCGGGUACGUUGCUCAAUGCUCUUUGCUAUAUUGCGAUGUUUUUCACGUAUGAAGGUGAUAAGAACAAAGGUAAUCAGGGAAGUAUGGGACAAGCUUUAGCACAGACCCAAGCAAAAUGA